UUGGGUUGAAGAAGAAGAAGUAGUUGUAGUUGAGGCAGGCCGGCCUCUCGGUGGCUGCUGAAGGCUUAUUACCGCUUUCCGUCUUUUUCUCUCGCCCCCUUCCCUUCCUGAGGCGAUAGGCCUACCUCAGGUGUCCCUUCGCCUCGGCAGUGCCUGGGGAAGCAGAGAAGGGAGGCGACGGACGAGCUCUUUCCUCGUCUGUUUUCUCAUCUCCUCCUAGCCUCCACCUUUCUUCCUUCCCCGCAAAGCCAAGGAAACCGUGAGGCCGGGCCCGGAGCAGGCCACCCUCUACCUCUUCAACCGCUGCUGACGCCGCCAAGGAGGAGGGGGGGCCAGGCCUGGCCCGGCUUGGCCUGGCCCGGCCUCACCCGAGCCGACCCCCGCAGGGCAUCCAUCAUGAGGAGGGAAAUGAACGGCGUGACCAAGAGCCGGUUUGAGAUGUUCUCAAAUAAUGAUGAGGCUGUGAUCAAUAAAAAGCUCCCCAAAGAGCUGUUGCUUCGAAUAUUCUCCUUCCUGGAUGUGGUCACCCUAUGCCGUUGUGCUCAGGUCUCCAGGGCAUGGAACGUCCUGGCCCUGGAUGGUAGCAACUGGCAACGCAUUGACCUGUUUGAUUUCCAGAGGGACAUAGAGGGGCGUGUAGUAGAGAAUAUUUCUAAAAGAUGUGGGGGUUUCUUGCGAAAGCUGAGCUUGCGCGGAUGCCAAGGUGUAGGAGACAACGCAUUAAGGACAUUUGCACAGAACUGCAGAAAUAUUGAAGUGUUGAACCUAAAUGGCUGCACCAAGAUCACUGAUGCUACAUGUACAAGCCUUAGCAAGUUUUGCUCCAAACUCCGGCAUCUAGAUCUUGCUUCCUGCACUUCAAUAACCAACCUGUCCCUUAAAGCACUGAGUGAGGGGUGCCCUCUACUGGAGCAACUCAACAUUUCCUGGUGUGACCAAGUGACAAAAGAUGGCAUCCAGGCUUUGGUGAGAGGCUGCGGUGGACUCAAAGCCCUGUUUCUUAAAGGCUGCACACAGCUGGAAGAUGAAGCCCUCAAAUACAUUGGAGCACAUUGUCCUGAACUGGUGACUUUGAACCUACAGACCUGCUUGCAAAUUACAGAUGAUGGCCUCAUUACAAUAUGCAGGGGGUGCCACAAGCUGCAAUCUCUGUGUGCUUCUGGGUGCUCCAACAUCACCGACGCCAUCUUGAAUGCUUUAGGGCAAAACUGUCCAAGGCUUAGAAUAUUGGAAGUGGCUCGAUGUUCUCAACUUACAGAUGUGGGCUUUACCACUUUGGCUCGGAAUUGUCAUGAGCUCGAAAAAAUGGAUCUGGAAGAAUGCGUUCAGAUAACAGACAGCACAUUAAUCCAACUCUCUAUACACUGUCCACGGCUCCAGGUUUUGAGUUUAUCACACUGUGAGCUGAUCACUGAUGAUGGCAUUCGCCACCUUGGCAAUGGCGCUUGUGCUCAUGACCGCCUGGAAGUGAUAGAGCUGGACAACUGCCCUCUGAUCACAGAUGCCUCCUUGGAACAUCUCAAGAGUUGCCACAGCCUGGAGAGGAUAGAAUUGUAUGACUGUCAACAGAUCUCACGGGCAGGAAUCAAGAGACUCAGGACUCACUUACCCAAUAUUAAAGUCCACGCCUACUUCGCGCCUGUGACCCCACCGCCAUCUGUGGGGGGCAGCAGACAACGCUUCUGCAGAUGUUGCAUCAUCCUAUGACAUGGGAGCCAAUUUACUCUGCGCAAACAGAUUAACUGAGUAUUUAAAUUGCCCUUCUAGAAGUAACAGUGGACACCAGUCUCUCCAUGAGAAAAUGAUGUCGGUGGUCCUUUGCCAGGGCUGCCAGAAAAGAAAGCAAAGCAGGGGGGCAGGGGGACUGGUUGCAGAACUAGGUCCUCCCUUUUGCCCUAUAGUUUCACACUCAAGUACACACACCAUAGUGUGUGUAUACACACAUGCAAUCUCUCUCUUUUUCUCUCUCUCUCUCUCACAUACACAAAUACUUAUACAAACUCACAUGCGCACAUAUACACACCUACCUACGUAUGCCAGCCAAUGGAAGGACCCUGGAGCUGAGGAGCUGGAUUAGUGGGAUCCUUCUUUUUUUCAUUUAGGUGGAUUGAUAUGAACCAUUCCUACUGGGUACGCUCAGAAAAAUCAUGGGGAGGUGGGGGGGAGAGAAGAUGGGGAGGGAAGGGAUUGUCAUGCAGAUUUGAAGAACAAUGCUGCUGCUGCUGCUUGGCGGGGUGGGGCGUAUGGGGGAAGAUUCUUUUGAUACUGGAAACAGCAAGAUGUGCAAACUUCACCCACAAGUGUGAGGAUGGGAGUGGUAAUUGAGGGAAGGGAACAAUAACAAUAAACUAUGAAUCUUGCAUCCACUGUCCAGAGGAGUAGAAGAAACAGUAAACAAAAACAAGGUAACCCCAUGAUUAUAUUUUUUAAUUUUUUGAAAAAAAAUCAUCCUUGUGUAAGGGAAUGUUUGAAACAGCAGCCAUCGUGAGACGUCGAUUACUGCGCUUCUGUACUUCCUUGUUUUCUGUGCUGGCACAAACACUGAGCAUGCUCAUGUCGAAGGUUCAGCGGUUUCUCUUCCGUGUUUUGUAGCAUUUGGCUCAGAGGCUUCCUAGAUCGUUGUGAUGAUAAAGCUAGAAAUCUGUAAUGUCA